AUGGCUCCUAGCUACCUCCUCUCCAUUGUGGCCCAUCAAUCCACUGGCUCCACCGGGCUCCCUCGUCCCUCCGGCUCCGUCUUGGGAAUUCUGUGGGCUCGCCAUCUUGAUGGCACUGGACGACGCCACACUGAAUUCUUUGUUCUGGAUCAGGGCCAACUACCAUUGCCCAGUCGACCUCCCAGACACUGCUGGACUAUGCUGGAGGGAAUGGAUCCUCCGGUGUCUGGAGAGCAUCCGGCCCCGAUCCAGAACCGCUAUGCAGUCAAGUCAGCCGGCUGCUCCAUUGUCAAGCAUGGCAGUGACAAAACAAAAAAAGAGAAAGCACUGACCGUUGGAUUCUUUCAGCUGUUCCGCUUUGCCACAUGGAAGGAGGUGCUGAUUAUGGUGGUGGGAAGCGUGUGCUCACUGGUCCAUGGCGCCGCGUCUCCUCUCAUGCUGUUGGUGUACGGCAUGAUGACCAACACCUUCGUGGACUAUGAGCUUGAGGUUCAUGAACUGGCCAACCCGAACAAAACCUGCAUUAAUAACACCAUCACCUGGCUGGACGGGACUGUAGUCGAGCGGCCGGACAACAGCACCGCAUACUGUGGUGACAUCAACAAAAUCAACAAUGCUAUAGCAGACCAGGUGUCUAUCUUCAUCGAGAGGAUCUCAACGUUCAUAUUUGGUUUCAUGGUGGGAUUCAUCGGUGGAUGGAAGCUGACGCUGGUGGUGAUAGCAGUCAGUCCUCUCAUAGGACUGGCUGCAGGACUCAUGGCGAUGGCUGUAGCGAGGCUGACGGGUCGUGAGUUGUCGGCCUAUGCUAAAGCAGGAGCAGUGGCUGAUGAAGUCAUUUCCUCCAUUAGAACGGUGGCCGCUUUUGGAGGAGAGCACAAAGAGACAGAGAGGUAUGACAGGAACCUCGUGGUGGCCCAGGCGUGGGGUAUUAAGAAGGGAGCGAUCAUUGGUGUGUUUCAGGGUUACCUUUGGUGCAUCAUAUUCUUGUGUUAUGCACUGGCUUUCUGGUACGGCUCAAAACUGGUCAUUGAAACCAAGGAACUCACACCUGGCGGCCUUGUUCAGGUGUUCUUUGGUGUUCUUAUGGGCGCCAUGAAUCUGGGCCAGGCCUCUCCUUGUCUUGAAGCCUUUGCUUCUGGUCGGGCCGCAGCCAAAAGUAUAUUUGACACUAUUGACAGGCAACCAGAAAUCGAUUGCUUCUCAGAAGAAGGUCAUGCGUUAGACAAAGUUAAAGGUGACAUUGAAUUCCACAGUGUUCACUUCAACUAUCCCUCUCGUCCUGAAGUGAAAAUAUUAGAUGAUUUGAAUGUUGUGGUCAGAGCUGGUGAGACGACUGCAUUUGUUGGACCCAGUGGAUCAGGAAAGAGCACAACAAUCCAACUCAUUCAGAGGUUCUACGACCCAAAAGAAGGAAUGGUCGCCCUGGAUGGUCAUGACAUCAGAAGCCUGAAUAUUCAGUGGUUGCGUUCUCUUAUUGGCGUAGUGGAACAAGAGCCUGUUCUGUUCGCCACCACGAUCGCUGAGAACAUCCGAUUCGGUCGUCCUGGAGUCACCAUGGAGGAGAUUAUAGAAGCCGCCAAACAGGCCAAUGCUUACAACUUCAUCGUGGAUCUACCUCAGAAAUUUGACACAUUGGUGGGUGAAGGUGGGGGUCAGAUGAGUGGAGGGCAGAAACAGAGGAUCGCCAUUGCUCGAGCGCUGGUCAGGAAUCCCAGAAUCCUCCUGUUAGACAUGGCCACAUCAGCGCUGGAUAACGAGAGUGAGGCUGUAGUACAGGAGGCCUUGGACAAGGCUAGACAGGGAAGAACGACUAUCAGCAUCGCACACCGUCUGUCCACCAUCCGUAACGCCGAUGUGAUCAUGGGCUUUGAGCAUGGACGCGCUGUAGAGAGAGGCAAGCACAGCCAGUUACUGGACAGAAAGGGAGUUUACUUCACACUAGUAACCCUGCAGAAUCAAGGAAAGGAUACAGACAGCGAUAAACCAGACUACAAGGAGGAAGGACUUGAGAAAGUAAGGAGCUUCAGCAGAGGAAGUUACGAGAGUGCCUUAAGGCGUUCUUUGAGACAGCGAUCACAUUCUCAAAUGUCAAACAGCAUUCCGGAUGCCAUAUCUGGAAAAUUCAAAAUCCACUCGGACCAUUUAGAAGUUGAAGCAAACAACAAGAAAAGCAAGGGUAAAGAUGAAGAUGUCAUUGAACCGGCUCCUGUGGCACGAAUCCUGAGGUAUAACCGUCCCGAGUGGCCAUGUAUGCUGCUGGGCUCUUUAGGUGCUGCCAUCAAUGGAUCGGUCAACCCCAUCUAUGCUCUUUUAUUCAGUGAAAUCCUUGGGACAUUCUCCAUUCAAGACCUGGAUGAACAGAGGAGGCAGAUAAACGGGAUUUGUAUUUUGUUUGUCAGCAUAGGAGUCCUGAGCUUCUUUUCACAGUUCUUACAGGGCUACUCUUUUGCCAAAUCAGGAGAGCUGUUGACUCGCAGGCUGAGGAAGGUUGGAUUUCAGGCAAUAUUGAAGCAAGAGAUCGGCUGGUUCGACAACCCCAUUAACAGUCCUGGUGCUCUGACUACCAGACUAGCCACUGACGCCUCCAUGGUGCAGGGGGCUGCAGGUUCACAGAUCGGCAUGAUUGUAAAUUCACUGACCAACAUCGGUGCUUCCUUCAUUAUUGCGUAUUACUUCAGCUGGAAACUGAGUCUAGUGGUCACUUGCUUCCUUCCUCUCAUCGGCCUGUCUGGAGUUUUUCAGGCUAAAAUGCUGACAGGAUUUGCUAAUGAGGAUAAAAAUGCAUUGGAGGCUGCUGGACAGGUGUCCAGUGAAGCUCUGAGCAACAUCAGGACCAUCGCAGGUUUAGCCAAAGAGAAACACUUUGUGUCUCAAUAUGAAGAGCAACUGCAAGCACCAUAUAAAGGGGCAAAGAAGAAAGCUCAUGUUUAUGGGAUCUGUUUUGCAUUCGCCCAGUGUGUCAUUUUCAUGGCCUUCGCUGCCUCUUUUAGAUACGGCGGCUAUCUGGUCAGUAAUGAGGGGCUUCCAUAUAUGAUGGUGUUCAGAGUCAUUUCAGCUCUGGUGACCAGUGCCACUGCACUUGGCAGAGCUUCAUCUUUCACACCAGAUUACGCCAAGGCCAAGAUAGCUGCUGCCCAACUUUUCAAACUGUUGGACAGGGUUCCCAAAAUUAGCAUCAGCAAAACAGAAGGACAAAGUUGGGAUGACUUUAAGGGCCUAAUAGAAUUCAAAGGGUGCAGGUUCACGUAUCCCAGCAGGCCAGACAUCCAGGUUUUGAGGGGUCUGGAGGUGUCAGUACAUCCAGGACAGACUCUUGCUUUUGUGGGAAGCAGCGGCUGUGGGAAGAGCACCAGCGUUCAGCUGCUGGAGCGAUUCUACGAACCCGAUGAAGGACAAGUGCUGAUCGAUGGACGUCCGUCUGCGAGCAUCAGCGUGCCCUUCCUGAGGUCUCAGAUUGGCAUCGUAUCCCAAGAGCCAGUGCUGUUCGACUGCAGUAUUGCAGAGAAUAUCCAGUAUGGCGAUAAUUCUCGUACCGUGAGCAUGGAGGAGAUUAUAGAGGCUGCUAAGAAGGCCUAUCUGCACGAUUUUGUGAUGACACUACCUGAUAAAUAUGAAACUCAGGUCGGUGCUCAAGGCUCUCAGUUAUCCCGUGGACAGAAACAGCGCAUAGCGAUCGCAAGAGCCAUCGUCAGAAACCCUAAAAUCCUGCUGCUGGAUGAGGCCACGUCUGCACUCGAUACUGAGAGUGAGAAGGUUGUUCAGGCUGCGCUUGACGAGGCCCGUCAGGGACGCACGUGUAUCGUCAUUGCUCACAGGCUUUCCACCAUUCAGACUGCUGACAUCAUCGCUGUGAUGUCACAGGGCGUGGUCAUCGAGAAAGGGACCCACGAGGAGCUCAUGGCCAGGAAAGCAGCAUACUACAAACUUGUCACCACAGGGGCCCCUAUUAGUUAA